GUGGGGAGCUAGCCAAUCGCGACGUACCGCUGUCCGCGAACCAACCAAUCGCAUCGAGGCCGCGUAGUAAAUUCGAAUGGCAACUCCUCGCUUCACAUUCCGCGCUGAGUAACGAGGCUCCAAAUUUAAAUCAACGCAGCCUCACGCUGGCGACGAGCGCGAGGGGCGGAGCCUGCCCGGCGUGAGCUGGGGACGCGCGGUGUGAUUGCCCAGGAGAAAGGAAGGCGCUCCAGUUCCGGGUCAGGCCCUUUUCCCGCCUCCCUCGGCCUCCGCCAUGGCGAGUAGCAGCGGUGCCGGAGCGGCGGCGGCGGCGGCGAAUCUGAACGCGGUGAGGGAGACCAUGGAUGUUCUGUUGGAAAUUUCAAGAAUUUUGAAUACUGGCUUAGAUAUGGAAACUCUGUCUAUUUGUGUACGUCUUUGUGAACAAGGAAUUAACCCAGAAGCUUUAUCGUCGGUUAUUAAGGAACUUCGCAAGGCCACUGAAGCACUAAAGAAGUCUCCAGCUGUGUUUAGAAUUUUCCUUGCGUUGUGACUAAAGUUGUGUCUGUGCCCAAAAAGAUGUGUUCAAGGCCGGUACCUGUGAAUGUGACCUUACUUGGAAAUAAUGUAUCAGCAGGUGUAAUUAAGGUGAGCUCAUAAUGGAUUAAUGAGCGAUGUUCUUAUUAGACAAGGAAAAUUUGGACCAAGAUACACAAAAAGAGUGCCAUGUGGAGACACAGACAGACAUGGGAGAAUGGCUUGUGACAGUGGAGACAGAGAGAGUGGUGGCCAAGGAUUGUUGGCAGCCAUCAGAAGCUAGGAAGAGGCAAGGAAGGAUCUUCUGCUAGAGCCUUCUGACUCCUUGAUGUUGGACUUCUAGCCUUUAGAACUGUGAGAAAAUAAAUCUCUGUUGUUUUCAGCCACCCAGUUUGUUUGGAACCUGGUGAUGGCAGCUCUAGAAAUCUAACUCAGAUUUCACUUUUAGAAAGUGGGGUGCUGUUGUAAUAAACACCUACAAGUGAGGAAGUGGCUUUGGAAUUGGGUGAUGGGUUGAGGUGGGAAAAUUUUACACCACUUAAUAGAGCCCAGAUUUCCUUGAAAAAACUUGGUAGAACUGUGGACAUUAAAAGCAGUUCUGGUGACGGCACAGAAAAGAGAGGAGAGCUGUACAGAAAGCUUUAUUUGUCUUAGAGAAUACACACAUUAUUAUGAACAGAAUGUUGCUGGAAAUAAUGGCCAUUAAAGGGGCUUCUGUGAGACCUCAUGAGGAUCAUAUUAUUGAACUCUGGAGGGAAGGUUGUCCUUGCUAUAGAGUGACAGAGCACUUGGCUCAAUUAUGUUUUACUAUUGGAAGAAAAAUAAAACUUGUAAGUGAUGAACUUGGAUAGCUAGCAGAGGAAAUUUCCUAGCAAAGUGUGGAAAGUGCAGUCUGAUUUUUCCUUUGCUACUGAAAAAUAAAAUAUAAGAGGAAUAAGAAAUCAAGGAAGGAACUGGUAAGUCAAAAGGAACCACCACUUGAUUUGGAAAAUUAUCAGCCUUACCCCACAGCAUGCUCUGGAGAGAAGGCCCAGGGUGUGGAUUUGGUAAGGAGAUUAUGUGCAUGACUCCUAGAUGCAGUCAACUGUCUGUGCACAGAACACUGCCAGCCUGACUGAAAGCAACCGGGACAAAAUGAAAGAAGGCUAGGGUUCUUAAGGAAGGAAACUAACACAAAAAGGCAAACAGAGCAUAUUCACAGAGCAAAAAUUUAUCAUAAAGAGACUAUCUGUACAGUUCUCACUGCCAGCACCCAGAAGUUCCUGGGAGCUCCCCCAUCACUAACGUGUCCUGUUCCCCUUCCAGUAGCUACUGUCCUGACUUUUAUGGUAGAUACUUUCUUUGAACAGUUUUACUGUCUAACAUGGGUCUUUAAACACUGCAGGCUAAUUUUAUAAAAUUUUCGAGCUUGAUAUAAAGAGAAUCUUAGAGCACAAUCUUUACCUAGUUCUUCAUUUAACAUUAUGGUCUUUUUUAAUCUUUAUUUUUGAGAGAGAGACAGAGCAUGAGCAUGAGCAGGGGAGGGGCAGAGAGAGGGAGACACAGAAUCUGAAGCAGGCUCUACCCAGGCUCUGAGCUGUCAACACAGAGCCCUACACGGGGCUUGAACUCCGCGCACCACGAGAUCAGUACCCACGCUGAAGUCAGAGGCUUAACUGACUGAGCCACCAAGGCGCCCCCAUUUAACAUGUUUGAGAGAGUUCUUGUGUUUUGGUUUUUUUGAGUAUAGUUGACAUACAAUGUUACAUUAAUUUCAGGUGUACAACUUAGUGACUUGACAGAUUUAUACAUUAUAUGUUCACCAAAAGCUGCCAUCUGUCCCAUGACAUCACUAUAUUUCUUUAUGCCUCGCCUUUUAUUCCUGUGACUUAUUCAUUCUGUAACUGGAAGCCUGUCUCUCCCUCUCCCCUCACGCGUUGUGCCCAUCUGCCUCCCUGCUCCCUUCUGCAACCAUCAGUUUGUUCACUUUUUAUAGGUCUGAUUCUGAUUUUGUUUUUAUUUUUUUGGAUUCCACUUAUGAGUGGGAUCAUGUGAGGGUCAUUUAUGUUGUGUGUAGCUGUAACACAGUCCUUUCCACUGGAAUAAUCAUGCUUCAUUACACAAAUAUACUACUAUUUAUUUAUCCUUUCUACCUUGUGUGGAUAUUCGAUUGCUUCCAGUGUGAGGCUAUUAGGAAUAUGCUGCUAUGAGUAUAGUUGUCCAUGUCUCGUGAUGCAUAUAUGCAUGCAUUUCCUUUGGGUGUGUAUUCUAGAAAUAAAGUUGCUUGGUUGUUAGGUUAUGUUUAUCUUCAACUUGAAUAGAUAAUGCUAAACUCUUCUAAAGUAGUUGUGCUAAUUUCUGUUUACAGCAGGAGCAUACAAAUUUCCCUUCCUUGUUCCACGUCUUUGUCAAUACUUAAUAUUGGGAGUGUUUUUAAUUUUAGUCAUUUUUGCUGGGUAUGUGUAGGUUUCUUAUAUAGUUUUAUUUGCAUUUCUUCUAAUACCAGUGAGGUUGAAUGUUCUUACAUAGUUUUGGCCAUUUUCUUUUGCAAGAUAACCUUUUCAAGUUGCUUGCCCAUUUUUUCUGGCUUAUUUUCCCUUUUUUGCUGGUAGUCUUUCCUUAAGUAUUCUGAAUGUGAACCUUUUGUUAACUGUGCAUGUAAGAUUACUAAGUUCUUUUAGUCAGGUUUUUAAAUAAUUAUAAAAUCUAUUCAGACUUGGGGCACUGGGUGGCUCAGUUGGUUAAGUGUCCAACUCUUGAUUUCAGUUCAGAUCAUGAUCUCACAAUUCAUGAGUUCGAGCCUUGCAUUGGCCCCACACUGACCAUGCAGAAUCUACUUAGGAUUCUGGCUCUCCCUGUCUCUCUCUUCCCCUUCCUGUUUGCAGGCACAUGCUCCCUCCCUCCCUCCCUCCCCGCCCCCCUCAAAAUAAAUAUUUUAAAAAAAAACAACAAACCGGGAGGAGAAUCCUGAAAAGUUUGUAGCAAAGAAGAAAAUUGUUAAUUAGAACUUUUUCAUGUUUUCUUUAAAGGCAUUUUUGAAAUCUGUAUAUAAUUUGUAUUAAAGAAGGAAACAAGUCCUUCAGAACCACCCACAAGAUAACCAGUGAUAUUUGGCAAAUACCAUUCUAGAUGGUAUGCUACUUUAAAAAUAAUGUGAACCACACCUGUCUUUCCUUGAUCACUCUUUACUCUUUACAGACUUUAAAAAAUUUUUUUUAAUGUUUGUUUAUAUUUGACAGAGACAGAGCAUGAGCUGGGGAGGGGCAGAGAGAGGGAGACACAGAAUCUGAAACAGGCUCCAGGCUCCGAGCUUUCAGCACAGAGCCUGACGUGGGGCUUGAACUCAUGAGCUGUGAGAUCAUGAUCUGAGCCAAAGUCGGACGCUCAACCGACUGAGCCACCCAGGCGCCCCAUCUUUAUAGACUUUUUAAAUGUAUGGUUGUUUUCCCCUUUUUGGGUGGUUGCUAGUAAUUAAUUUCUCUCAUACUUUUUCUUUCAGAACUAAAAAUAGGGUAAGGAAAAACUGUUCCUAUUGUGUUUUCUGCCUUUACCUUGAAAUCCUGGUGAUUAGAAUAUAAUUGUGUGGUACUUAACUCUAUUUUAGAAUGUGUAAAAUAUAAAUCGAGGACAUCCUGAAAUGUUGCAAGGAGCUGUUGGUCUGAAACAUCCAGUUUUUCCUUUGUUCUUUAGCUAACUGUAGAAAAUUGCAACCAUUCUUCAUUAAUUAUUUUGCCUUUCUUUCUCAUACAUUUGUAUAUUGAUAAUGUUUAAGUCAUUUAUAGUAAAAGUAACUGGUUGUGUGUAACACAAUUAGGUCAGUUUCUUAAGCAUCAAUAGAUAUGUCACAUUAUGUGUAUCUCUCACAGCAUAGAUAGGACAUUAGGUGCAGUUUUUAAAAAAUAGACUUUAUUUUUAUGAAUGAUCUAUCAACACUGAAUUUUGGUAUUGUCUCCUUAGAGCUAGUAUUUAUGUGUAAGUAAUCAUUCACACAUUGUGAUUUCAGAAAUUCUGGGCAAAACCUACUUUCCUGUAUCUUCUACUUUUAGUGCCAAGGGGCCUUGAAUUGUACUGUUGAUGCAUUCCUAUGCAGAAUAAGCCUUGCCCUUUCUCUUGCAGCUGUCCUGUAUGAUGAUAUCUUAGGGUGACCGACGUGUCUCCUCACUGUAUGAACGUCUUGUACAGCAUGAGGACAUUGGAGACAGCUGGGAGAGAAAUGAGGGAUUCAAUAAGUCUUGUGUCCCCACCCAUCCUCCCAAAGGAGGGAAUAAAUGUACACAGGAAAGGGAAGUGUGAAAGACAAGACUUGUUAAGGUUGGUUUUUCCCCAGGGCCAAUGCUUACGAGAUUUUGGAGUCUCUAAUGACAAUCUGGUAACUAGUUCUCUAGGAUGCCAUUACUGUCCUUUCAAACAGAGUAGUGCUACAUUCAUGUAAUGGGAAUGCUGUACAGGGUUAAUGGUUUGCUUAGUUUAGGUGAAAAUACUUAUUUCAAUGUCUGUAUCUUGGAGGAGAAUCUCUAAAAUUCGUACGAAAAUGGAAUGCGGCUGGACAAAAAGUUAAAGGUACUUUAAUUUUUAAAAAUUUCUGUAGUUGUCUAUAUUAUUCAAGUCUUCCUUGAAGUAGAUGAUACUAAAAUGUGGGUUAGGAAGAAGACAAAGUGCCUAAAGGUAUGUAGCUAAAUCUAACAUAAGAACCUAUAAAGGUAGAAAGAAGUAGGAAAUCUUUUAGAAUAAGGGGAAUGUUUUUCAAACUAGUUUUCUAAUCCUUGUGAAUGAUAAACCUAAAGAAGCGAAAGGCUAAUUAGAAUAGCCAACUAUCUGGACGAGGUAGGUUCUGUUGAUUGCAGAGAGAAGGUUUCAGAUUGAGAACUACAAUUUUCCCAGCACGUUAAGUGAUUUUCAUGAAAGGCCUUCGAACUUAGACUAAACAUAAAAGCAAGUUUUAAUAAUGAAGUUGAAACAUACAUGAAUUACAAGUUUACCCUGUAUUUCUGAAACACUUGUUUAAAAUCAUCAUUUUCAUAUUUGGAAUUAAGAAAUUACUUGUUUAAAUUUUUAUCUUUUAGAAAUCUGUAUCAAAUCAUUUACUGAUAAUAAUAUAGUGUCUGGAAAUUCCUGCAGAAUAAUCGGGGAAAGUAUACUAGUUGGUGGAAUAGGUGAAGCAGGAUUAACCAUGUGUUCAGUAUUCCUUUUGCCCUUUUUUUUCUCUGCCCUGUAACAGAAAGGUCUUUUUCAUUCUUAAUCCCCUUUUCACACUAAAAUGAAACAUGCAGAAACAGAUAAACCAAUAAAGACUGGAUAAGGUGGAUACAGUGUGUGGACAAGGUCUGCUGUGGGUCAGUUUUUCAAGUAGCAGAAUAUUUUUAUUUUUACGUUAACUGCAUUAAGAUGAUAUAACAAUUUUCCACUGUUAGCCUAGCAGUCAGUUCAAAAGGUAGUUCUAAUGUACUGCAAAAAGUGAAAAACACUGCAUUAUCCUGGUGCAAGUGGCUUGGUAUAUGUGGGGGAGGAAUUGUUUGUUAAUGACAGUACAGUAUUGACAAAUAUAUCUCUGUGGUGUCUUUUCCAUGAUUUUAUUAUAAUGAAACUUACUUUCUUG